ACAAGCCUGAGGCCUGGUGUAAACGUUCAGCACCGUUAUGUUCUCCCGACCAAACACCGAGAAACUGCGCCAUACAGCGUUGUUCUGCAUUGAAAAUAUAUAUAACGUAUAUAACAAUCGGUCGGCCACAGAUAUAAGCGCCACUUUGUUUACUUAUUCAUGCAGGAGCUGCAAAUGUUGUGUACAUUUCCUGGCGUCUAAACUGCCCGUGAUCAUAUCAGUGUAUGUUUUGUGUCCUUUUUUUGGAGUCAAACUUACUUGUGUACCAAACAGAUGAUCGAAAUGUCCUAUGUACAUUUUAUUUCGGAGCAUUUUCAUACUUCAUAACAAAGCGGAGUCACAGAUCGAGUCGAACUAGUGUCACAAUGUGUUAUGUUCCUCUAUCGGGGCAGAAUUCUAUCUUGCGCGUAUACGUUGAUGCUUACGGUAAUGACUUCAGCAGCAGGAUCCUCGCGGGUGACGUCAACAUGAAGGCGCUAGAAAGAACUUCAAAGGACACUUCCGUAGUAGGUUUUGUGAAGAAAGCGCAGAGUUUGGCGGCAAUGAAACUGAUGCGGCCUGGUGAAGACACACAGGAGGUGUGGAGAGAGAGGAGGAAGCUCCUAUGGGUGAGGACCAUGGCGACCAGACUGAAAGAUCAGUGCCACUCACAUCAGACACUGCUGGACCCGUUUCUGGACCUGCUCUCAGUGACUGCUCAAAGGAAAUGCAUGUUAACUUCAGAGGAGGACAGGAGCAUCAGAGGAGGGGCUGGGUCUAUCUGGAGGAAGCAGAAGAAACUGGCCUCAGCUGCGUGUCUCUGAAGAGUGACAAGUCCAAGGAGCUUCAUGUUGAAUUCAAAGGUGGACAAGAGCCUUCAGGAAAGAGGGAGGAGCUAAAGGUCUCAGAUGUUCUCCAGCAGCAUCUGACGGAUCUGGACUCCACACUUCAGCUCCUUGACGUGACUGUCAUGACACUGUUGAAUAAGGAGCUCAAAAGAGUCCAAAGGUUCCUCAGUCCAGAUGACCAGCAGUACCUGGAUGAUGUGGAAGAGGAGUAUGAAGAAGAGGAGACGAGGAGCACCACAGAGGCUUUCCUGACGAUCUUCAUCAACAUCCUGAGGAGCAAGAAUCAGGAGGCGCUUGCUGAUCUUCUGUGGAGAAGAAGUCGUGCUGGAGCGUGUGCGGGACGACUGAAGAGGAGCCUGCAGAAGAAGUUCCACAGUGUGUUUGAAGGUGUUGCUAAAGCAGGAAACUCUGCCCCUCUGAAUCAGAUCUACACAGAGCUCUACAUCACUGAGGGGGGCACUGACCACUGGGUGACCCAGGAGCACGAGGUCCGACAGAUCGAAGCAGCAACCAGGAGCAAGGCCAGAUCAGAAACUACCAUCAGACAAGAAGACUUCUUUAAAGCCUCACCUGAGAGAGAGCCGCCUAUCAGGAGCCUGCUGACGAAGGGCGUGGCUGGCAUUGGGAAGACCCUCCUGACACAGAAGCUGACUCUGGACUGGGCUGAAGACAAAGCCCACCACAACUUCCAGCUGGUGUUUCCUUUCACCUUCAGAGAGCUGAACCUGCUGAAAGAGAAGAAGUUGAGUUUGGUGGAACUUGUUCAUCGCUUCUUUCCUGAAACCAAAGAACUCAGCAGCUUUGAAGGAGUCCAGGUUCUGUUCAUCCUGGACGGUCUGGACGAGUGUCGACUCCCUCUGGACUUCAACAGUCGGGUCCUGACAGCAGCUACAGAGUCCACCUCAGUAGACGUCCUGCUGACCAGCCUCAUCAGGGGGAAGCUGCUUCCCUCAGCUCAGCUCUGGAUCACCACAAGACCUGCAGCAGCCAAUCAGAUCCCUCCUGAGUGUGUGGACAUGGUGACCGAGGUCAGAGGGUUCACUGACCUCCAGAAGGAGGAGUACUUCAGGAAGAGGUUCAGAGAUGAGGAGCAGACCACCAUCAUCUCUCACAUCAGGAGCUCACGAAGCCUCCACAUCAUGUGUCACAUCCCCAUCUUCUGCUGGAUCACUGCCACAGUUCUGGAGGACAUGUUGAAGAGCAGAGAGAGCGGAGAGCUGCCCAAGACCCUGACUGAGAUGUACAUCCACUUCCUGGUGGUUCAGGCCAAAGUCAAGAAGCUCAAGUACCAUGGAGGAACUGGGACAGACACAGUUUGGGAUCCUGAGAGCAGGAAGAUGAUGGAGUCUCUGGGAAAACUGGCUUUUGAGCAGCUGCAGAGAGGAAACUUGAUCUUCUAUGAGUCAGACCUCACAGAGUGUGGCAUCGACAUCACAGCUGCUGCACUUUACUCAGGAGUCUUCACACAGAUCUUCAGAGAGGAGAGAGGACUGUACCAGGACAUGGUCUUCUGCUUCAUCCACCUGAGUCUCCAGGAGUUCCUGGCUGCUCUUCAUGUCCACAAGAUUUUCUUCAGCGCUGGAGUCAAUCGUUCCCAACGGACACUUGGGAACAUGCGUCACACAGUUCUGCAGUUCUACCAGAGAGCAAUAAAUGAAGCUGUAGAAAGUCCAAAUGGACAUCUGGACUUGUUCCUGCGCUUCCUACUGGGUCUUUCGCUGAAGGCCAACCAGAGGCUCCUUCCAGGUUUGUUGACACAGACAGGAAGUGGCUCCUGGACCCAUCAGGACACAGCAGAGCUCAUCAAGAAGAAGAUCAGUGAGAACGUGUCUCGAGAGCGAAUCAUCAACCUGUUCCACUGUCUGAAUGAAGUGAAGGACACUUCUCUAGUGGAGGAGGUCCAGCAGCAGAUGAGAUCAGGAGCUCUCUCCACAGAGCAACUGUCUCCUGCUCAGUGGUCCAGCCUGGCCUUCAUCUUACUGUCCUCAGAGGAAGAUCUGGACGUGUUCGACCUAAAGAAGUACUCCGCUUCAGAGGUGGCUCUCGAGAGGCUGCUGUCAGUGGUCCAAGCUUCAGAAGAAGUUCUACUGAGAGAGUGUCAGCUGUCAGAGAGAAGUGGUUCCCUUCUGUCCUCAGUCCUCAGCUCUCCGUCCUCUCGUCUGACACGACUGGACCUCAGUGACAACUACGACCUGAAGGAUCCAGGAGUGGAGCUGCUGUCUGCUGGACUGAAGAGUCCACACUGUCACCUGGAGACUCUCAGGCUGAGAGGGUGUCAGCUGUCGGAGAGAAGUGGUUCCCUUCUGGCCUCAGUCCUCAGCUCUCCGUCCUCUCGUCUGACACGACUGGACCUCAGCUACAACAACCUGUUUGAUCCAGGAGUGGAGCUGCUGUCUGCUGGACUGAAGAGUCCACACUGUCACCUGGAGACUCUCAGCCUGCGAGGGUGUGAUCUGUCAGCAGGAAGUGGUUCCCUUCUGUCCUCAGUCCUCAGCUCUCCGUCCUCUUGUCUGACACAACUGGACCUGAGUGAGAAUGUCCUGAUGGAUCCAGGAGUGGAGCUUCUGUCUGCUGGACUCAAGAGUCCACACUGUCACCUGGAGACUCUCAGUCUGUCAUGGUGUAUGAUCUCCGAGAGAGGCUCUGCUUCUCUGGCCUCAGCUCUGACCUCUAACCCCUCCCAUCUGAGAGAGCUGGACCUGAGUUUCAAUGACCCAGGAGGACCAGGACUGGAGCAGCUGUCCGCUGGACUGGAGAGUCCAGACUGGAGGCUGGAGACUCUCAGGCUGGAUCACUGUGGACCAGAGUGGUUGAAACAUCUGGAGUGAAGAGGUGAACUUGUCCUCGGUCACUGACCAGAACGCUGCUCAGCAGCAUGGUGUCCAGCAGCAGCCAGUGAGGAGCCUCCGUGCAUCUCUAGGAGCAGCACUUUUGACUCUCCUCAUCAUCAAAUAUCGAUUCAUUCACUCACUUCAGACGUUGGCGGAAGAGUCACAGUGUUGUGUUGAAGGUCAUCCGAAGAGACAGAGGCGCAGAAGACGAGUCUGGAGAGAUGCUACUAAUAGUCACAUAACUUGUCAUUAUUUUCAGCAUAUGUGUCCUGAACAUUUCUUCAAUAACUGAGCUGAUGAUUUACAUACUCGCAUAUAGAUGCAUAUAGACAUGCACUCUGGCAUAAUCCAUUUUGUUUUCCUACUUCUACUCUGAGGAGAUACCUCACGAUUGCCACUUAUCACAUUUCAACACUCAUUAUUUUCAAAAAUAAAACGAUGGCUGAAGAUGUGAUGUGGCCUGUGAUGUCUGCGCUGGGAAGAGGCUGACGGCCCACAAGUCCUGUCUGGUGUGUGAGGUCUCUCACUGUGGCCGACAGCUCCAGCCUCAUCCUGAAGAGUUGUCCUUCAGGAGGACACUCUGUCCGCCAGGAGGUUAUCUGCUCAGAACAUGAGGAGGUGAAGAAGAUGUUCUGUUGCACUGAUCAGCAGGUCAGCUGCUCUCAACACUACAAAGACCACGACAUUGUCUCGGCCGCAGCAGCCGAGAGAAGAGAGCGAGAAGAAGAGGAGGGUCAGAUUCUAGGAAGAAUCCAGCAGAGAUUCCAGGAGAGAGAGGAAGAAGCUGUGAAGCUGUUACUGCACCUCAGUCACUGCCGAUCAGAAGCUCUCAGUGAGGAAAACUUGUGGAUUAGAUAUCCUUCAUUAGGAAGGGUGACCUGUCACAGCAGCACAUCAGGAAUCUGUUGGUGGAAGACGACCCCCACGCAGGAAAGGAAAUGAUGCGCCAGUUAUGUCUCUGAUCAGUUUACCGACUGGGUUUAGAGACAAACCCAACACAACUGUUCUCCCUCACAACCUUAACACAUGGCUGCAGGUCUCUACCUCCUCACCUGCUGUGACUCCUGUCUCUACACCUGUUGUGACCCUUUCUACAUCUGCUGUGACUCCUCUCUCUUUCGACAUCUGUUGUGACUCCUCUUUCUUUCUACAUCUGCUGUGACACCUCUUGACAUUUGUUGUGACUUACUUUCUACAUCUGCUGUGACGCGUCGGUCUCUUUCCGCAACUGCCGUGACUCCUGUAUCUCGACACAUGAUUUGACAUGCCUCUCUACACCUGCAGUGACUCCUCUCUCUUUUGACACCUGCUGACUCCUCUCGACACCUGCUGUGACUUGUCUUUCUUUCUACAUCUGCUGUGACACCUCUUGACAUCUGCUGUGACUCCUCUCUCUUUUGACAUCUGUUGUUACUCCUCUUUCUUUCUACAUCUGCUGUGACACCUCUUGACACCUGCUGUGACUCCUCUCUCUUUCAACAUCUGCUGUGACACCUCUCUACACCUGCUGUGACUCCUCUCUCUUUUGACACCUGCUGUGACUUUUCUUUCUUUCUACAUCUGCUGCGACACCUCUUGACACCUGCUGUGACUCCUCUCUCUUUCACCAUCUACUGUGACACCUCUCUACACCUGCUGUGACUCCUCUCUCUUUUGACACCUGCUGUGACUUUUCUUUCUUUCUACAUCCGCUGUGACACCUCUUGACAUCUGCUGUGACUCCUCUCUCUUUCGACAUCUGUUGUGACUCUUACUUUCUACAUCUGCUGUGACGCGUCGGUCUCUCUCCGCAACUGCCGUGACUCCUGUCUCUCGACACAUGAUUUGACUUGCCUCUCUACACCUGCUGUGACUCCUCUCUCUUUCGACAUCUGCUGUGACUCCUCUCUCUUUCAACAUCUGCUGUGACACCUCUCGACACCUGCUAAUAAACCAGCCAUGUGACUGGAGCUCCUCUUGCAGCUUCAGUCACAUGGCUAGUUUAUUAAAACACGAAGACAAAGACGAUGUGGGGCGACUGAGCUUUGGUUGACAAGCAGCGGUCAUCGUUUUAUUUUCGAUCAAACAAGUUGACGUCACAGCAUCAAUGACCAUCACUCACAGCCAUUGCGUAAGCCUCCGCCCGGCAUUGUAAGGCUGGUUUUCACUCAGACCACAAUAGUGCGUGGCACUAGAAUAUACAGGCAAUCGUUUAUCAUUAAAUUAGAACUGCUAGCAAGAGGUUGUUUAUUGAAUUAAAGUGGCUUCUGCUGAUGUC